AGACUGGUUUCACAUUUCUCUUGAACGCAAACAACACUGGCGUCCGGGCGCUGUUGCGGUACCAGUCGUGACCGCCCGACUCUGUCUUUUCACGGCUCACAGAUGUAAUGCGUCGCGUAUCUCCGACUGGAACCGACCAAUUUACAGCCAUUAACAACUGGGCUACGGUUAGGACGUAUUCUUACAGUCAUACUGUAAAAAAAUAUCAGCGACUUUUUCGAAGCCAUCCGGCCAGCUAAUGUGAGUUAGCAGGUCAGAUGUGGUUUUCAGAGACUCAGAGAGCCAGUAGACGAGCUUCUCGGCGGUGAUUUUGCGCUUGGAUCGUUUGUUUGUCACCUCGUGAUGACGUCGAGUGUUUGAUUUGGUUUUGAAACGGACAUGUUGACACCUGUAUGACGGAUCAUUACUCGGAGUAACGCUUAUCUGAGCGCUGCUGAGUUGGCUAACUGGAAGGAGCAGCUCGAUAACUUGCUGUUAAGUUUGUAUGUGUGUGCGCGUGUGCGUGUAUGUAUUUGUGUGUAUGUGUGUGCGUGCGUGUGCUGAGCGGGACUUUCAUGUCUUAACUCAGGCUUGAGGAGAAAUAAACUGGACUUAACUUUUGAAAUUACAGAUGCACAACAGUAUACAGCCGAGCACUGAUUGAUAGUCACGGCUAAAUUAGGGACCCUUUUGCCACCCGGCCUAAUAAAACCUGGGAGUCCUCGGACUCGAUUUUGCACAUUUGCGCUGGGAACAGUUUUGUGAUUUUUCAUCAGCUGACCGGUUCAGAUUAAGCUGUCUUAAUGCAAAAAAAUUAUUCAUACUUUUUUAUUGGAAGAAAAUCCCAUAGGAAGUCGGCAUUAAAUGUUGACAUUCGCCAAUAGGGUCCGUCGAAAAUUUAAACAAAAUUCACGCUCCUUCUGAGAAUAGUAUCAAACUAUGGCUUAAUGACAGGACUUUUUAAAAAAAGCUAAUCUGUACUGAUUUGGGGACUCACACCGAGCUCAGGGUGCUCUUUGAAGUUGGACUUCGGACACUUCUCAUCGUGCUGUGCAGAUGUCACUUUUGAUUGAACUGUGAGAGCUGAGAACACGUUCAGUUUCAGAAAAUAAACCGUGAAAUCCAACCUCAGAAGAUGUCGACCAGGAAACCGCUUGCAACUGGCCAGUCUCGCUCCGAGCAGCCCCACAUCGGCUGCUACAGACUCCUGAAAACCCUCGGCAAAGGCAACUUCGCCAAGGUCAAACUGGCCAAGCACGUCCUCACUGACAAAGAGGUGGCGGUGAAAAUCAUAGACAAGGCUCAGCUCAACUCCUCCAGUCUUCAAAAGCUAUUUCGGGAAGUGAGGAUCAUGAAGCUCUUGAAUCACCCAAAUAUUGUGAAGUUAUUUGAAGUCAUUGAGACAGACAAGACGCUCUACUUGGUGAUGGAAUAUGCCAGCGGAGGUGAGGUGUUUGAUUACCUCGUAGCCCACGGCAGAAUGAAAGAGAAAGAGGCUCGAGCCAAAUUCAGACAGAUUGUAUCAGCGGUGCAGUACUGCCACCAGAAGUGCAUUGUCCACAGAGACCUCAAGGCAGAGAACCUGCUCCUGGAUGCAGAUAUGAACAUUAAAAUUGCCGAUUUCGGCUUCAGUAACGAGUUCACACUGGGCAACAAGCUGGAUACUUUUUGUGGCAGCCCUCCUUAUGCUGCCCCCGAGCUCUUUCAGGGAAAGAAGUAUGAUGGGCCGGAGGUGGAUGUCUGGAGCCUUGGGGUCAUACUAUACACACUGGUCAGCGGUUCUUUGCCAUUCGAUGGACAGAAUCUAAAGGAGUUGCGAGAACGGGUUUUAAGGGGCAAGUACAGGGUUCCCUUCUAUAUGUCGACCGACUGUGAGAACUUAUUGAAGAAAUUACUCAUACUCAACCCAACCAAGAGAGGGAGCCUUGAGCAGCAGAUCAUGAAGGACCGCUGGAUGAACGUGGGCAAUGAGGACGACGAGUUGAAGCCCUACAUUGAACCCCAACCCGACUACAAGGACCCUAAGAGGACAGGUCAGCACCCCAGCAGUGCAGGGGAUUGGAAGAUAGAUAUUAUGCUACGGAUGGGAUACUCUCUAGAUGAAAUACAAGACUGCCUGAUCAAGCAAAAAUACAAUGAUGUCAUGGCAACUUACUUAUUACUGGACUAUAGGAACUCAGAGAUGGAUGAAAUAUCAAUAAAGGCCCGCCCAGCCCCUGACCUCACAAACAACACCCAAGCAUCUCCUCAUAAGGGACAACGCAAUACCUCCAACCCAAAGUCCCGCAGACCCACAGACCAAAGCUCCUCUGUUUCCACCAAGCGUCCUCAGGGCGAAAGCAAGCACAUCAGUGGUUCAUGCAGCUCCAGUAAAGUCCCUCCCAGCCCGCUGAUCUCCGGAGACCAUAAGAAAACUCCUACCCCUUCCACUAACAGCAUCCUGUCCUCAGGCACCAGCCGCAGCAGGAACUCGCCAAUCACUGAGAGAGCCACUCUGGGAGUACAGAAUGGCAAGGACAGCUUGAACACUCCAGGGUCCCGCGCCUCCACCGCCUCAGCGGCCGCGGUCCUCGCCGCCUCAUCCUACACCCGUCACCACAAGUCUUUGUCCACCUCUGCCCACCCCAGUCCCCCAGACCUCCAUGCACAUCGCCCCAGCACGGCCAACCAGAAAGCACCAGUGGUGUCCCCCUCAGCUCAGAACAUAAACAUUUCCUCAAUGGCUGACCGUACCAACUUCUCCAGAGGGGUGACGAGCAGAAGCACUUUCCACGCCGGCCAGCAGAGAACCACACGAGACCAGCAAGCCUCAGCGUACAAUGACCCCUCAGCCUCCCCCUCGCUUUCCCAUGGCAACAGCCAGGUGCGCCGUACUGGGACAGGCAUCUUCAGCAAGUUUACUUCCAAAUUUGUACGCAGAAAUCUCUCAUUCAGAUUUCCCAGAAGGAGUCCGUAUGAGGGAGAGGGUCGAGAUGAGGCCAGCAGACCCAUGUUGAGCACAGCAGACAAGAUGGAGAAAGGUACCCAUGGACUGUCCGGUGAUGAAAACAAGGACUCCUUUUCUUCCUCUUCUCCAGCGUCCAGCACACCUUCAUCCACCCAGGCCUCCAAGGACACCAAACCACGCUCCCUCCGCUUCACCUGGAGCAUGAAGACCACUUCCUCCAUGGAGCCCAACGAAAUGAUGAAGGAGAUCCGGAAAGUUCUGGACUCCAACAGCUGCGAUUACGAGUUGCGCGAGUGCUUCAUGCUCCUCUGCGUUUCGGGUAACCCCACGCAUGAUGACUUUGUCCAAUGGGAGAUGGAGGUGUGCAAGCUACCCCGCCUCUCGCUCAAUGGGGUGCGCUUCAAGAGGAUCUCCGGAACCUCCAUCGCCUUUAAGAACAUCGCCUCGAAGAUCGCCAACGAGCUAAAACUGUGAGAAAGAGGAUGGUUUCUGUGGAAAAGAUCUUGAGGAACGGUUGGAUACAAUGUGUUGGGAAUGAAGAGGCACUGUAAGGAAAAUCAUUGGAGUUGUGAGCUGUACGGCAGCAAUGAAGAGUCUUGAGGCUGUAAUGGGGGAAAAGGUGUAAGACAUGGGGGACAUUUGUGCAUAUUUCAGGGGGGUACUUUUUGGGGGAGGUGUUCUGUAUUGGUUUGGGUUUUCUGUUCCUUACUCACCCCCUCAAAUGCUUGGUGUUGUUAACUUUAUUUGUGAUCAUUUUGUUCAAUUGUUGUGGUUUUUCUUGGACCUCACAAUUGUCCUUAAUUCAGAAAAAGUGAGAAGACGUUGGUUUUCAUGAACUGGAAUUGUUUGCCAGUAAUUAUUUUUUUUCUACAAACACAAACCUGCUACUGUCAUGGACAGCUAACUCUCCCCCUAUAUCCUGGUCCUUAUUCCUUGUUCAUCCCCGAACACAAACAAUGAUAAACAACAGCAUUACUUGAUCUUACUUCCAAUUCCAGGUUAGCUGUGAUGAGCAGAGAUGGAGAGAUUGGCGGUUGACGCUCUGAAUGUACAACACAAUAUCGAAACCCAAAUGGCUAGUCACAUUCAUUAGAGCCAUCAUUUGAAUUUUCAUAUCCUCUCAUCAUGCUCUGAUUGGUUCUGAUCUAGCCAAUGAAAUGGUAGCUAUUCCGUAACCUCUGCCCCAUUUCUACAUCACAGUACAGUGUCUUAUUUGAGCUGAAAUGGAAGUGUUGACUUGAACCCUUGGUGCACUGGAGGUGAAUCACCUCUUAGCACUCUAUGCCCAGACAAUUAGUUUUUUGUUGUUUUUGUUUUUUUCCUCUACUGCAGGAGUUAUAUAUCUGAAACUAAUUAAGGGCCAAUUAAGUAAUUAUUGGUGGAUUGUAGUGUAAUUAAGAAUUGCUGGUUGGAUCCAAUCUGCUGCACUGGAAUGAGUCUGUGUUUCGUUGCCUUUCUCUGGAGAAGAUAAUUAUUAAUAUUAUUAUAUGAAUAAACCAGACAUUGGAUGAUUUGUGUUCA